AUGGACUCUGAAAGCUCGCAUCGCUAUACGUUUGGCUUGGAUCGUCAGUCUGCAAUAACAAAAACAAUAUACGAAAAGGGAAAAGAAGUAAUAAUAAUAGAAGAUACCCCUUCCAGAUCCCCUUCACAUCGUCACCGUUCGCCACGUCCCUCGCCACACUCGACACACAUGUCGCCUAGCCACAUACAUUACCACUACCACAGGUCGAAAAGACCGAAAUACACUUCACACGCCGAGUCAGACGAGCAUAAUUCUUUCAGAUCCGCAAAACAUCGGAGCGAGCAUACUCCUUAUAUGUGCCGCAUGCUCCGUUAUGCCGCUCAAUCGACUGCUUCGACAAAGUCGAGCACGCUUUUGACCGAUCCUUCGGGCGUUCUACCCAUAGUUGUAGUUGACGACCCUCCUGCGACCGCUCGUAGAAUGGCUCCAGCAGGAUGUCGGGAUGACAGAGGCUCAACUUUGAAGAGAAUUCGAAGAGAGAGAAGCAACCUGGCAAGACGACGUGAUAACGCCGCCGAUGGCGAUCGUCGUUAUCAUAACCGGAGCUCAAUUCGCGGCGGUCGUUAUUAUCAUCCGUACGAAUCGCGAGAACCGAGGGGAGGCCGCAUGGAGAUUAGUCGUUCUUAUCGUCACAAUUACGAUCAUUACAGCCGACAAGAUGAUUUCAAUGAUAGAUUUUACGGCCAACGGUAUUUUGAGGCUGGACCAUCAAAUAACAAACAACGAGAAUAUCGUCAAAACGGUCGAGAAGAACGGAGACGCAUAUCCGUAACCGAUACAUCUACAAGAACGAAAUACGCGUCACCUGGCGAAUUACAACGUACAUCAUCUCGAGUUAACCAUAGACGAGAACGACUAGAAUGGGAUGACGAAGACGGGCAUUUAGUCGUAGCUCCUGGGAUGGAUAUUGGAUCGAGAUAUCGAAUAUUUCGUAUCCUUGGUCAAGGAACAUUUGGGCGAGUAGUUCAAGCAUGGGAUAAGAAGGGGAAUGUAAAUGUUGCCAUCAAAAUAAUACGUGCCAUACAAAAGUAUUUAGAAGCGAGUUAUGCCGAGAUUGGCGUAUUGAACACGAUAAAGGAGAACGAUCCGUAUAACGACUUCCAAUGCAUACACAUUAAAGAAUUUUUCGAGUAUCGUGGACAUAUGUGUAUAGUAUUUCCAAUGUACGCCCAGUCUGUCUACGAUUUCCUCAAGUCGAAUUCAUAUCAGUCUUUUCCAAUGAAACACGUUCAACAAUUAUCUCGGCAAUUGUUACGAUCGGUUGCAUUCAUUCACUCAAUAAAACUAUGUCAUACCGAUUUGAAGCCGGAAAACGUUCUUCUUGCUGACGACGAUUGUAUAAUUGUUCCGUCCAAGCACUCGUCGCAACGUGCUGAGACAAAGGAAUUACUUUCUACUUAUAUCAAACUUAUUGACUUUGGAAGUGCUAUAUUUGAAGAUGAGUAUCAUUCACCGGUUAUUUCGACGAGGCAUUAUCGCGCACCCGAAGUAAUAUUAGGAUUAGGAUGGUCGUAUCCAUGUGAUGUUUGGUCUGUUGGCUGUAUUUUGGUUGAGCUUUUCACUGGAGAUGCCUUAUUUCAGACUCAUGAUAAUUUGGAACAUUUGGCAUUAAUGCAAAAAGUACUUGGCCGAAUUCCAGUUAGAAUAAUUCGGCGUAUAGGGCAAUCCACAUAUUUGAAAUAUUUCAAACACGAAGAACUUGCCUUUCCGGAUGCGUCUACUUCAAGAAGUAGUAUCAAAUACGUCGAGAAUACGAGAUCACUAAAGGAAAUUAUAAACCCCCAUGAGUCUGAGUAUCACGCGGCGUUUUAUGAUCUGCUGGUAAAAUUGUUGGACUAUGAUCCAGAACGAAGAAUUUCCGCCCGUUCGGCCUUGCGUCAUUCAUUUUUUUCAAUCGGCUGUUCGUAA